AUGGCACUACAAAAACAAGAGCCAGUAUCAAUACUUCGAAACCCUUCCAUUUCACGAUCGGGACCAUCUGAGAGCCAUUCACAAGGAAAAGUGACCCGCAUCGCUCUAAGCGAAGACGAAGAAGACGACUUUGACUACCAGCAACACCCCAAUCAAUAUUUCUCUGACGAGGAUGAUCCUCCAGCGUUACCGAUAUCUGGACAAGCAUUGGAGCUACUUCAAACUGAAAAGGCCGUGAAAUCUGGAUAUUUGCUCAAGAAGGGCGAGAAGAGAAGAACAUGGAAACGACGAUGGUUUGUGUUGAGGACAACGAAGCUUGCCAUGUACAAGGACAGCAAGGAAUACAAAUUAUUGCGUAUCAUUGAUCUACAAGAGAUUCACAGCGUCGUCCAUGUCACCAACAACAAAUACAAAUACAUGUUCGCUAUCAGCACACCCAAGCGAAUGUUUUAUCUCCAAGCUGACACGCAGCAAGAAAUGGAUGACUGGAUCACGACACUCGAGAGGACAAAAAUGGAACACAUGGCCUUGGAUCCCGAUAAUGACGAUGCCACAAGUUCCCUUGUGGACCAACCAUUCUCACACCAACGUCGUCGAUCCUCACAAGGCAAUACAGCAUCAUCAUCAAUCGAUCAUCCUCCACCACUACCACAUCCACCACUAUCAUCAUCAUUACCCACCUCUACUACUACUACCACCACCACCAGACGCUUAUCUAAACAACAACCUCCUCCACAUGUAGCACCUGUUGAUAUUCCCAAAGCAAUCAAUUAUCACCAUCACGACUUAUCAGCCUACUCACCAAGCCGUACUUAUCCACUUUCUCCCAUUUCCGAUCACCAAGCGCAUAGCUUCGCCACAGAAGGCUUGGCAAGCUCUGAAGAUGAUGAAGAAUACGGUUGGAGGGAUGAGAUGACUAAUGUCCAUCACGAGGAGACAAGGAAUCGAGUGCUUAUGGAAGGAUAUUUACUCAAGUUGGGCAGGAACAAAGGUUGGCGUAAGCGAUGGUUUGUGUUACGGACCGAUACACUUUCCUAUUACGAAGAUGACAAGGAAUAUGCACCCCAUCGCAUCAUCCCAUUAACACACAUCAUUGACGCUCUCGAAAUCGAACCCAUCAGCAAAAACAAGCGAUUCUGUUUCAAAAUUAUCAUCCACAAACGUAGCUACGUUGUCUGUGCAAGUAGCGAAGGUGAACUCGAAUCAUGGCUGAAUGCUCUCAGUAUUGCUAUGCGACGUGCCAAGAAGGGGGAACAGCCACCUGCAUUACAAAAGUUGGCCACUUGUACAUCGUCCUUGGAUGACGGAUUCGACAAUACAAGUCAUUUGUCAGGCGUCAGCGGGGCAGGUGCCAUUGGUGGUGCUGGUGGUGCUUUACCUGGACGAGCUCACACUCAUACUCACAUGGUGCGUGGUGCUUAA